AUGAGCGGCAAUCCAACGCUGAAAUGUCUUAACACAAUCGUCGCCACAUGUCUCUGCUCGUCGUUUCAUCUAGGAUUUCUAUUUAUGACCUGGUCAUCUGCAUCUCUAUGGGUCGGACUAAAAGAACAGCUCUACCAUAUGUUGUCACCAGACUUUGAUACGAGCACAGAGGAAAUUGCUCGCGGUCUUUUAAGCAGUUUACUGAUCUUUGGAUUCGCCCUCGGCUGUUUUCUGUAUUCAAUCCGGAGUCUUAAAUGCAGCAAGUUGUGGGGUCUCCGCAUUUCAUCACUGAUUUCGGCUAUUUGCAUCUUCUUUGGUUCUUUUGAAGAGACGUAUUCGCUGGCGCUUCCUCUAUCAAGAUAUUUCACUGGGACAGCUUUAGCUUUCUCGAUUGGUUAUGGCACCGAAUUUAUAACAGAGAUCUUACCCACUCAUUUCCAAUGGGUUGCUGUUCCUCUUCAAGUCUCUUUUGCAAUAGUUGGAUGUUUUAUGUCAUCAGUCUUGACAUUUUUCAAUUUGCUGAACUCUUUGGAUCAAUUAGUGAUGACUCUGCGAAUACAAGGCACCAUUCUCUUCUUGGCACUACUGUUUUUGCUUUGGGCUGAAGAGAGCCCGGUUCAUUUGUGCAAAAAAGGCGAACUCAAGAGAUGUGCGUCAAGUAUAUCGGUUUAUAACGACACGCCGCUGGCAUACUCAGUGUUUCAAAAUAUUCAGGAUGAUACAAUUGAAAAGAAAUUUAAUCGCAGCGCCCUCAGAAAGCACUUGUUUCCCGUGUUUUGCUUGCUCUCGGUGGCAUUUUCUGGGGGCCCGAUUCUACUACUUUAUCCAAACGUCUAUUUGCAUUCCAUUCGAGAUUACCAGGAUGUAUCUUCCGUGCUUCUUCAAAGCGCGAAUCUUAUGUGCAUGACUCGAGUGGCAGCGGCUCUCAUUGUAGCCUUUAUGGCCCUAUUCGCUAGAAGAGAGAUAGCUUACAGUAAACCACGAGUUGCCGUUUGCUAUCUUGUCUCGUUGGUCGCAUUGUCAGUUUUGGUGUUUCUACCGAUGACCACAGGCGCCAUUUUGCGAAUGAUACUUGUUAUUCUGCAAGUGAUCACUCUGGGGGAAAAUUCGGCAACAUUGACAAUUGAGCUUUUUUGUGCCCUGGCUUAUUUGACACGUGAAAGCAGACGCUCAACUGCUGCAUCAAUCGGUUUUGGAUGUGUUAUAUUCGCGGCAUAUAUCGCUUCUUUUCCAUUCGUUAUGGACCCAUCGGAUAACAAAAUCUUGUCAGCAUAUUUACUAGUUCCAACUGCUGUAUGUUGGCCGGUAAUGAUGUUUUUGUUACCAAGAGCUACUCCGCGAGCUCCAAAACCAAAGGAAGACGAGAAAAAUCUCACAUUGACAGAUCGAAUGAAGCGCAAUGCUAUCGGCACCGUUCACGCAUUUGCUGGCCUU